AUGUACCCGGAUAUGUGUUAUUUAAUUCCAAGAGGAGCUAUGAAGAAAAUUCCUCAGUGUCAACCAAAUUCAAAGAUCAUGCAGAAACAUGCCAAAGAAUUAAAGCCAGUGGAGAAAGCUAAAAUCACAACUACGAAAAGAUCAACCACAAGAUCAAUUACCACAGUAAGAAUACCCUGGACGACACCGCUGAUAGCAUCCCCAACCAAAUCAUCAGUGAUAUCCCGCACCAAUUCGUCAAUAGUAAUCCGAACACCACUUCAACGAGUAAAACGUUGGUUGGCAGCGCUCAUUCCUAUUGGAAUCGGAACCGGAUCCUUGAUUAUGUCAGCCAUAGACUUUGUUCAAAAUAGAAACCUGAAAAGUCAAGUAAAUAUGAUGCACAAUGCUAUUAAAACUUUGGGAUUAAUGUCACAGAAUCAACAAGCACAAAUUCUGCACUUAAAUGAAGGAGAAUUCAAAGUGGCUCGUGAACUGAAUUAUACACAAGUUGCAUUAAACAAGACGAUAGCAUUAGUAAAUGAACAUGGGGACAUCUUACGUGAACAUACGGAUGCCCUGCGAACGAUUAUGUCACAAACAUCAUUUUUAAAUUCCAGAUUGAAUUCCAUCGCCCAUACCAUGGAAACGCACUUCAUUCAUACGUCAAUGCAUGAUAUUUUAUCCAAUCGACUGAAUUUACAUUUCGUUCAUCAAAAAGAUCUACCCAAUGUAGUAGAUAUGGUAACGAAAUCAUUAAAUAUCACCUUUGAUGAUGCAGACAAUUCAGUUCCUAUGAUCGAACUCAUUACUCGUUUACUCGUCCGCCAGCAAAUCGAUUUCCUCCCAUGCAAAACUCCUGAUUCAACAGAUGCUGGCCUCCUAAUAGGAAACUUGGUUUUCACCUCCUAUUUCGCAGCACCAUCUCAAGACCAAGUUUCAUUCUCGGUGUAUGAAGUAGUGCCUAUCCCAUUUACUCACAGCAAUCGACGAGUUCGUUUGGCUCAAAUGCCAGCGUACCUAGAGAUCGAGUCCAGUUUACAACAAUUCAUCCGGUGGUCAAAGGAGGAAGCCGCUGCAUGUGACUUUGAAGUAAUGUCAUCAUGCAGAGAAACUCCUCCCAGCCGAAAAGAAGCUUCAGACGAUUGUCUGUAUCAGGUUCUAACCGAUUCAACAUUAACGGCGUGCCGAACUGAGCUAUACACGGACCGACUAUUUCUUCGGCGAGUCGGACAUCACUGGGCAAUAUCAAGCAAUCAAAGUGUCAAAUGCCAUUCGGUUACAUCUUCCGAUUUGGAACACCAUACAAUCGGAAAUAAUGAAGAAGUGAUAUUGCCGCCAGUGGCCCUGAUAACCACUAUGAACACUAAAUCGCUUGCAUGCGAUCAAUUUUUUCUACCGGGUUUAGCAGUGACUGUUGCCACGCCAAUACAGUUAAUUUAUAAUGCAUCGGUUAAUCGGCUACAAAAAGAUUUCCUUGAUCUUCAAGAGACUUUAGCAAAUGAAACACAUUGGGCAAAACUACCAUAUAUUUCAUCUGAAGUUCAAGCCAUUAUAGAGUUCAUACAAAGUACACCUAAACCAAUAACGACGGGUUAUUUACAACAAUGGACUGAACAUCCAUUCUCGUUAACAACUUUGAUAUUAGUGGCGGCGAUGGUGGUUCUAUGUGUUUUGCUCCUAUAUUAUAUCCGAACAAAGAUACGCACUGGAGCUAAUAUGACAAUUACUAUGCCAUCGUGUGCUCUGGAGUUGAUGACACUUCCAUCGCUUAAAUCCACGGCUACUUAA